ACAUCGCGGGAGCGCAGGACAAGGCUGCUGGUGGUAGCCUCCCUGUGCAGUAUUCCCGACUGUAGCUCAGGGUAAAGUUUCAGCACCACAAGCGGUAACCCUGAGCUACACUCGGGCUUACCAUGCGCGCGCUGCUCCGGGAUCCCUCGAUCACUUACCUUGUCCUGCGCUCCCGCGAUGUCCCUCCUGCAGUGUCCCCCCGGCAAUGUAAUCUGGCGGAUGCCGGCAUCUGUCAUCUGGGUUCCGUCCCCUGCGAGCGUCGGGACGUAUGGCGGACGGAACGGCGGGAAAUUUGAAAAUGACAAAAGUGA